GGCAGAGUAGCAACGAGAGCGGCCAGCGCCACAUCCCGUGUUUCGGCUCCGAGGCCGUGGCCGAGCACGCGCGCGAGCGCGCUCUUCGGGGGCCAUCGCUCCCACGCGCCCACGCGCGCCUUUCAGGGGUCAACAGGCGGAAGGAGGUGGAUUUGCAUUGGCCGCUGGAUUCCCGGCGCCGCCGCCCCGCCGCCCACGCCAUGGGGGUCCGGGAGGCGCCGCGGCCCGGUGGCGGCGCGCAGCAGGUGGGACUGGCCGCUCCCGCCGGCGGCCGUCGCGAGUUGCUCCCGGCGGGGUCCGUCCCGAUCUUCUGCGGCGCGGGGGCGAGCGCGGACGCUGCCGCCGCCGCGGCGGCACCCCGCGGCGGCACGUCGUUCGACAUCUCCUCCGCGAUGAUGCAGGUGCUGAACCGGCGGCUGGAGUCGCUCAGCCGCGGCGGCGCUGGUGCGGCCUGCGGCGCCGGCCGUGGCGACGUCGCCAGGUCGGAGCAGUCCACCCAGGCGACCCUGCGUCGGCUGGCCGAGACUGCCGUGGAAACAUGGUCGGCGCAGCUGGAGAAAAUGAAGGAUCUUCCCAUCAUCAAGCACUUCGAGAACAAGAAGCUGCACGAGGCCCUGCCGCCGGCCGCCGUCGGGCUGUGCGUGGGCAUCGUGUACUCGUCGUUCUCCUGGGUGUACAUGCCCGUCCAUGGCGUAGCGCUGCUGAGCACCAAGUCCCUUGUGUUUCAUGGCUCCCUCUUCAUGACGGCCGCGUCGUACCAUCAGGGGGUGGUCACCCCGCCGGGGGACAUCCCCGACUGCUGGGCUGGGAGGC